UGGAGACAUACCAUGAGUUUGAAAAUACCAAAAAGUCAAGGCAUAGACCUAUUCAAGCCAGGUGGAAAGCAGUUAUCGGGUAUAGAAGACGCCGUCGUCAGGAAUAUCCAAGCAGUCAAUGAGUUAUCAGAAAUCGUCCGUACUUCAUUUGGCCCAAAUGGAAAGAAUAAGCUUAUUAUCAAUCACUUGGAUAGACUCUUCGUGACUAACGACGCUGCGACUAUCGUACAAGAGUUAGAAGUUGUUCAUCCGGCAGCCAAACUCGUCGUUAUGGCCUCACGUCAGCAAGAGCAGGAGGUCGGUGAUGGCUCAAACCUCGUACUCAUUUUAGCUGGUGAAUUACUCAAGAAGGCAGAAAACUUGUUGGUUAUGGGUUUGCACCCAUCUGAGAUCGUACAAGGUUACGAAUUAGCAAGAAACAAGGCACUCGAUUCACUUGCUGAACUCGAGAAUGAUAAAUUAGAAUUACCAGUGUCAAAGGACUCAUUAGUUAAAUCUAUAAAGACUUCUUUAGGCUCAAAGCAAUUCGGAAAUGAAGACUUCUUGUCUGAUUUAGUAGCAGAUGCCGCAAUUACUGUCAUGCCAAAAGAUCCAAGUCAAUUUAACAUCGAUAAUGUCAGAGUUGUUAAGAUUAUGGGUGGAAAUCUCUACGAGUCACGUGUUCUUAGAGGUAUGGUCUUUGGUAGACAACCUGAAGGUGUUGCACGUAAUGCUCAAAAAGCUAAAGUCGCCGUGUUCACUUGUGGUAUUGACAUUUCACAAACUGAGACAAAGGGUACCGUUUUACUCAAGAACGCAGAUGAAAUGCUUAACUUCACUAGAGGUGAAGAGCAACAAAUUGAAAAGAUCCUUAAAGAAAUUGCAGACUCAGGUGUUAAGGUUGUCGUUGCAGGUUCACAAGUUGGUGAUUUAGCUUUACACUACUUGAACAGAUUAGACAUUGUUGUUAUCAAGGUUUUAUCCAAGUUUGAACUUAGAAGAUUAUGCAGAGUCGUAGGCGCUACACCAUUAGCAAGAUUGGGUGCACCAACACCUGAAGAAGCCGGUCACAUUGAUGUUUUAGAAACAACAGAAAUUGGUGGUGACAGAGUUACAGUAUUCAGACAAGACAAUGAUCAAUUAACCCGUACAGCUACGAUUGUUCUUAGAGGUGCAACUGCUAAUCACCUUGACGAUAUCGAAAGAGCUAUUGAUGAUGGUACGAAUAUCAUAAAGACACUUUUAAUGAAAGAUCCAAGAUUCAUUUCAGGUGCUGGUGCAUCUGAGAUUGAACUCGCAAAAAUUAUUGAAAACUUUGGUGACAAAACACCUGGAUUAAAUCAACAUGCAAUAAAGAAAUUCGCACAAGCACUUGAAAUUAUUCCAAUAACUUUAUCAGAUAAUGCAGGUCUUAACUCAACUGAAGUUUUAUCAAAAUUAUGGGCAGCUCACUCAACAGAAGAAGGUAAAAAUAUGGGUAUUGACGUAGAUGCGAUAUCAGAUGAAGGUUUAAUUGAUACAAAAUCAUUGGGAAUUAAAGAUAGUUUAGCUGCUAAAUGGUGGGCUAUUAAGUAUGCAGUUGAAUCGGCAAUUGCAGUCUUAAGAGUUGAUUCUAUCAUUAUGUCAAAAGCUGCUGGUUUAGCUCCACCUCAACAACAGGGACAUUGGGAUGACGACUAAGUAAUAAAUUAAUGUGUAUCUCUUCUUUUAAUACAAGAUGCUUCUUUU